GGCUCUGAUUGGUUGAUUUCCUCAGGUUUCCCUCAGAACUGCAAGACGCCGAUAUUGCGUUACAUUGGAGCAAAAUGGCGGCUGUCAUUCAGAAUCCCCUAAAAGCGUUGGGCGACCAAUUCUAUAAGGAUGCAAUCGAGCAGUGCCGCAGCUACAACGCCCGCCUGUGUGCUGAACGCAGCGUUCGCCUGCCAUUCCUUGACUCGCAAACCGGUGUGGCCCAGAACAACUGCUACAUCUGGAUGGAACGCCACCAUCGUAGCCCCGGAAUUGCAGCCGGACAGAUGUACACGUAUCCCGCUCGCUGCUGGCGGAAGAAGAGACGGCUGCACAACACCACAGAUCCCCGCCUGGGCAUCUACGGCCUCCAGCUCGAUGGCAGCCUCAUGUCAAAGGACUCGUUGCCUACACAGAGCACCACACUGGAGGCUUUGCUCCGAGGAGAAGGUCUAGACAAGAGGAACAGUUCCAAGAACGACGAGGAGAGUCUGCUAGAGAUCCAGAGGGUUCUGGAGGCGGAUGCUGCUGAAGAUGCGUUCAAUGAUGAAUAUGAUUAUGAGCUGGAUACUCCCAAGAAGAGACAUCGGGGCAAAGGAAGAGGUCGUGGUUCAGGACGCAGGAGGAUGGAUCUAGACGAUGACAAGCCAUAUGUCUGUGACAACAGAUACAAACAAAAGCAUAACUCAAAAUCUACAAUCUCAGUCUGUGGGAGGCGCUACAGAAACCGUACAGGACUAAGUUACCACUACACUCAUUCCCACUUAGAAGAGAAUAAUCGAGCCGGAGAGAGAAGCUCGGUGGCGUCCAGGUCUCCCUCAGCACAGCAGCCCAACAGACACAAACUCGGCAUGGCAGGCGAGUGUGGAGACGAGAAGGAUGAUGUGGCGUUUACUGGAGCUGAGGAGCUGUUCGGCACCACCUCAGAGAGUGACACGUCUACCUUUCACGGCUUUGAGGACGACGAGCUGGAAGACGCCGCCACAAAUGGCAACGGGAUUCCCAAACGACACAGAUAAAGUGUUCUGGAUUAAAAAGAAAAUGGAUUAUCCUCUGGCAAAAUCUGCUGCUUUCUAAUUUUUUUUGUUUUGUUUUGUCUUUUGUUUUUUGAUUUGUUUGCAAAAAGCACAAAGUGAUAAAUUUCAGGACUGAAAUGCAAGUGGUAUUUUAUCUACUGAACAUUUAGUAAUUUAUGAACUUUUUUAAAUAUAUAUAUAUAUAUAUAUAUAUAUAUAUAUAUAUGUGUGUGUGUGUGUUAAUGAAGACAGUUUCUUGGAAGUGACUCGACUUCCAUGUGAAACGGACAUUUUUUUUUCUUUUUUUUUUCUUUUUUUUUGCUGCUCACUGGAGUAGGAGGAGCAUUUAUUUGAAAAGCAAAACAAACACUGGAGAAAUUCGAACAAUGUAUAAUGAAUGAUGCAUUUGGAAGAAAACCGAAUGUCACUGCAGAGCCAUACUUGAGCAACUGGAUAUUACUAAAGUAGUCAAUGCGACUAUGAAGGUCUCUUUUGCUCAAAUUCUGGAUUCCUUUGUUUUUUGUUUUUUUAUGAUGAAGGAAAUAAUGAACUUACUAUCUCAAGGCACUGAAAAUUUUUGGACUUGAAGCCUUUAUAUAGUCUUAAAAAUACAGGGCACAAAAAUGAAAGGAGCACCCAGCACACUCAGUAUAUGUCCCAGGUGUGUGGGUAACCAGAGAAGAUGAGGAUUUAACCCGCAAAUCUAACGAGCCUUCAUUUCCCUCCUGAUUUUGGGCCUAAAAUAUCCAACUGACCUGAAUUGAUGGACUACACCACUUCCACAAUCCACGGGGCUUAAAUGAAGCGACUGCUCCGUUAUUGAAGAGGCGUCUCAAUCACUUGUGAACACCAAGUAGAUGUCGUUCCAUUUCGUCUUUGCUGCACAGUGCUGGAGGUGCAAUGAACUACGCAAACACAAAGGCCAAGCCUUUUGAACUGUUUGUGCCCAAAGGGUACAUUUGGGCCACUGCGGCUCAGCCCGCCCACUCCUGCUCUGUGACUGCGUGUCUGCUGUGUGAUCCAGUGUGACACUAAGACGUCAUUAUCCUCAUCACUGUGCCAGCCUGCUGCUCUGCACUGGAACUGAGCUCCAACAGCCAUGACCCUCCAUCCUGAUUGGACCAGUGACCCUCCAACCCCAGCCAUACAGAUGGUGCUCAACUCCAUCACUAUAACACGCAGAACUCUGUGGUCCCCCUGUGCGCUCGCUCAUUUAUAUUAUGACUCACCUAAUUUACAGUAAUUUAGCUUUCUUUCCGUUCUCUUUCUUAAAUGUCAGACAGUUUUGAAAACUGACAUUUUGCGUUUGCUCAGACUCUUAUCGAUACCUCUGUCCUGACCAGCUGCUCAAUAGCUACAACUACUCAGGCAUCUUCCAUUUCCUCUGCUGUUGAUUGUCCAGCCACUCAGCCGUGAUCUAUGCGAUUGUAUCGAGUUGGGGAGGAGAGCCAAUAAUGCUUCACGACGAUCCCAUUAUAAUCAAAUCCCAGGAGGGGUUUGGGCUGCUGCAGCCUCACGCUACGCCUCUGCUGCAAUAACAAGCUUCAGCUUUGUUCUCUUCUGAUUCUACUGGCAUUGUGCGCUUCACUGAAAACCUCAAAGCUGUUCUAUUUGAAAUUGUCAUUAUAGUCUCUGUAGAUGAGGGCUGCAGUUAUCGAUGAGGGAAAUGAUCCAUGUGUGUCUACUGUUUAAUCAGAGGCAAAACUGGCUUAUUGAAACAUUACAUUUUAAGGGCGUGGUUUCUGUAGUUAGCCUGAGAUCAGCUUGCCCGUAAAUUUAUUUAUUUUGCCACUUGUGUAGAAAUGUGUAGGACUACGCCUGCAACAGUUUAUUAGCACCACUGCAAAAUUACAAAGGGAAAUGAGUUAGAAAUUUACGAGAUCAAAUAACUUUUACGCUAGUAUGAAAGGUGUAAUUAUGAUUUUAAAAACUCAACUUUCCAAGAUGAUUGAACAAAAAAAAAAACACGAAGUGAGGAGCAAGAUUGAAACAGCUUCCCUAUGAUAACGUAUGAUUUACCGUAUUUCUGGAGUGUAAGUCACCUAUCAAAAAAAUGCCUCUUGAAUUAACAAAAAACCUGU